AUGGCCCCAAGUCAAAUCACGACGAUAGGUAUUGUCAUCGCAAACUUGCUUUGGAAGUUGCAUUCUUCUUCUACUUUCGUCUCCGUCUCCCGAUCCGAGAAGCUAUCCGAGUCUGACGUUACACCGGACUGCAAGGAUCUCAUCUUGAGCAUACCUGGCUUAAUGGACAUGUUUUACACUGUUGUGAAAUAUAAGGGAGAGGGUUGUGUGUUAGAUUUAACCAUCUUGAGUGGGUGGGAAUUAUUAUUGGAAGAAAUAUGUACGUAUUGGCACCUUCAAGCUUCAUCGGUCAAAGUUAAGUAUAUAAUUUCAGAUGAGCAGAAGACAGUGGCUUCCAUUAGUUCCGAAGAUGACUUCCAAACAAUGUGCAACAUUCACUGGUUAUUCAAAAUAAACGUGGUUGAUAUGUUGGUAGAGACUGUGGAUAGUAACACAGAAGACAACUCUGGGUCAUCGAGACCAUCGGAAACAUUGUCAAUGCUACCGCCAGUUUUACAUGGAGGACCUUUAACAAUAAGUAAUCCGACAAGAGAUUCAGAAGCUGAGUUUACUAUGAUUGGUCAUCGUUUUGAAAAUGCGAAAGCCUUUAAGGAUGCAUUGUGUGACUUAGCCGUCAAACGCAAUUUCAACUUUCGGUUCAUAAAGAACGAUAAAGAUAGAGUGACUGUGACAUGUGCUGAUGAAGAUUGUCAAUGGCGUGUUCAUGCCUCAAGAGACGGAAACCUUCCUACAUUCAGGAUUAAAACAGCACAACAUGAACACACAUGCGGUGGGGGCAUCAACACACCAUUUCACCCGAGAGCAUCAAAGAAAUGGGUUAGUAGGAAGGUAGUAAUGAAAUUACGUGAUCGGCCUCUAUACCGAGCAGUGGAUAUACAACGAGAUAUAUUACGUGACCACGGUGUUCGUCUGCCGUAUAAACAAGCCUGGAUGGGUAAAGAGUUAGCAAAGGGAAUUCUUCAUGGCAGUGAUAUAGCAAGCUAUGAUCUGUUGGUAUGGUAUGCAGCCAAAGUUUCUGAAACUAACCCAGGUAGCGUCGUUAUUAUUGACACUGAUGGAGAACGAUUCAAGCGUGGGUUUUUCUGUUUUCGUGCUUCUCUUGAUGGUUUCAAGCGGGGUUGUAGGCCUAUGCUUUUUCUAGAUGGAACUCACUUGUUGGGCAAAUAUGGCGGUAUCCUUCUUGGUGCAACAGCCAAAGAUGGAAAUGAAGGAUUUUUUCAUUUGGCGUUUGCUAUCGUGGAUAAUGAAACUAAUGAUAACUGA